AUGUUGAUCCUAACCUGUCCUUCCAAGUUGCGGCUAUUGGAGGGGCUGCUGAGGAAGAACCUCCCUCAGGCACUUGCGGUCCAUGGCGCAGUAAUGAACAUAAACCGUGGGAACCCAGUGGGCCAUGAGGUGAUUGUGGAUUCAUGGCCAGAGUUCAAAGCUGUCCUCACCCGGCCACGCAGAGAGGUUGCCUCAGAUGACUCAGAUAUGUACUCCAACGUUUAUGCAGCAUUUUUCCAUGAUCGUGAUGUCUACCGGACACUAUUGCUGGACACGGAUGCCGUUAACUGGGCCCAAACUUUGCGUAUUCAUGGGCACCAAGAUGGGAUACAUGAAGUAUCCCAAGAUGCCGCCGUUGUCAAGAAAGUACAGUUGUCAGCAACUCCCCACUUCACCUACCUGGAUCCCAUCCCAGAAAGGCCACCUGAGUAUCAGCUAGAUCCCGGCUUCACAUUUUCCUCCUUGAAUAACUCCCAUGUCGAUCUGCUGAAUGAAACCUGGGCCUACGGGGGCAAUGAACAAAGCCACAGGUACCUUGCCACCAUGUUGCGGAGCUUCCCCAGUGCCUGCAUCCUGGACGACAGAGGUCAGCCUAUCAGCUGGGGCAUGAUGGAUCCUCUUGGUGCAGUGGGAAAUGGCUACACCCUUCCAUCACACCGUGGGAAGGGCUAUUCAACCGUGCUGAGCCAGGUACUGGCCAUGCAAGUCCAUGCAGCUGGCUAUCCUCUGUAUGGCAAUGUUGCUCUAGCCAAUGUCUAUAUGCAGAAACUGGCAGAAAAACAAGGCAAAACCAAAUUAUCUGAGUUGUGUUAUAUCUGUAUCCAUUCUGCAACUUAA